CUUAAACCACAAGUCCAAGAUUUAAGCGUUUUCUAAUUUUCUUUAAAAAGUAUAUUGUGUGACCUAGUUUUGAAUUUUGAAUGCAUAUUUACUCCCAUUCCAGUACCAAAUUUUAUUCAAUUGAACGCGCCAGUUUUACUUCUCGGCCCAGAAGUAAUAUUGUCCAUGGAAGUCUCGCGGGAAAUCUCCCUCUUCCGCUCCCAAAUCCAAAACCGAAGAUUCGAUGACGCAACUCUCCGAAUUCUCGAGUCCAUUUUAGUCUCCGGCGACGCGAAAUCGCUUGAUCAGAUCGCCUCCGCUUUGAAGGAUUUCAUGCGACGCGAGUCUCUCUGUAUCCUCCAUGAAACCAGCGCUCUCAGAUCUGUUGACGAUCAUCUUCUGAUUGUGGAAUUUCUCGUCCGCGUCUUCGCUCUUAUUGCCGAUGAUGAGAGUUGUCUGGCGUUGAGGUACGAAGCAUUGCUAUUGCGAGAACGAAAGGCUCCCACUGAUCAGAAUCUUCGAGUCUCCUGCAUUGAAUGGCUUACAUUUGCGGAACAUUCAUUUCAGAAUGGUUUUUGUUCUAUUGCUAGAAUGGCAUGUGAGAAGGCAUUAUCAUGCUUUGAUGCAGGUAGCAAUACAGUUGAUGGUCAGACUGGUGACUUCUCCAAAAAUGUGCAUUUGAUUGAAAAAAUCAAGAAUCUCAAAGAUGCUGCUUCUAUCACUGCUUCUUCACAUUCUGUUCAAGCACAGGCAGCAAAAUACUUAAAGAAGAAACCGGUUGCGAGAAAUACAUAUCAACCUUUUCCAGUUAUCGAAGCUAAUAAAGGUUAUGGAAGUGUUUUGUUCCGGGAAGGGAUUAAAAGACGUCACUUACGGAAGUUGCAGGUUGCCAGAAGCAGGCUGCCUCCUUCCCAGAUGGACUGAAAAUUUUCCAGGCAGAAAAGUAAGAAAACCUUUCAUAGUCAGAGAGUCGGAACCCAUGAAGAUUGUGAAUUU